AUGCAAGCUACCGCCCCUAGUUGUUCAAGGCCUGCAGGAACACUCGUUCGGCUCGCGAUCAGCCCACAACAUGCCCAAGCCCGAUUGGCGUCUGCGGAGCCAGCUGGUUGGCUUACGCGGGCUUUCAAGCGCAAGGAUAUGCAUCAUGCGGAGGCUACAUCACAGAACUUUAUCGCUAUCGUUUUGGGCAGGCAAUUAAACCCGUAUGCCGAAAGCAAGCCGUGGAUAUCUUUCAUGGUAUGGCACCGUUUCGACACGCGGAAGGAAGAUGAAGGUGAGGGGGCCAGGAGUGCAGAGCUAUUCCGGACAAAGGUUAUCUCAACAAGCUCAGACCGGAUGGGAGAAUCGGGUCACGGGUCACGUGUCGUGACGGGUCCUCCGCCGGAGGAACGGGCCAGUAUGGCCUCACCUGACCUGUUUGGAGGUCACAUGACCUGUGCUUCGUAUAUAAGCAUGAAUCUUGACAAGGGAGGCUUGGCAGCGAUUCGUCUCUCUUACAAUACACUCCUAUUUCUCCGAAACCUUGCUCUUAGUGCUAUCCGGAGCAAUGAGGAGCAGGGUCUAUUGACUACGAGAGGCUCUUAG